AUGGCGAGUGCUAAGGACGAUACCCUUGAUGCCACAGCUCCGUUGCUCGAAGGCCCUCACCAUGAUAAUACCAGUCCAUCAGGCCCGGGAAACGAAGCUGGUGCAGCCGUUAGCGCUGACCCGUCUGCUACAAGCACAGCAACCUGGUUUAUUUGGGCGUUGACCUUCGCCGCCGGUAUCAGCGGCUUCUUGUUCGGAUAUGAGUAUGUCCAAGCAUAUCUCUCUCAGCGCGAGUUAACCAUCCUUGACAGGAGUUUGAUCACAUCUUCGACCAGCCUCUUUGCGCUUAUAGCCAGCCCCCUAGGAGGUGUACUGGGUGAUAAAGUUGGCCGCAAGCCUGCAAUAAUCAUCUCCGGUGUCUUAUUCAUUAUCGGGUCUCUAUGGCAGGGCAUCACUUCCACCGUUUGGGGGAUGAUAUCCGGCCGGAGUUUGGUAGGACUGGCCAUAGGCAUGUCAAGUUUGAUAACACCACUCCAGCCUGGAGGCUGGAGAUGGAUGGUUGGUCUUGGUUCUUCACCUGGUAUCAUACAACUUUUGAUACUUGCUUUUCUCCCCGAGACUCCAAGGUGGCUUGUUCGCGCCAGCCGGGUGAAUGAAGCUCGCCAGAUCAUGCGAAGAGUCUACGGUGACACCAAGCAGAGUAACCAGAUUGUUGAACAUAUUCUUCGAGACAUCAAGCAGGAAGUACUACAUGCCUCGGCUGAGACAGACACUCGGCCAGGUGACUCUACUAGAGCCAGCUCUGCAUCCACCACACCAAGGCUAUGGUUGCACAAAGUCAAAAGAACAUACACUGAGCUCUUCACUAUCGGCUGCCACCGCCGUGCACUCAUCAUAGCAUGUACACUCCAGGGUCUCCAGCAGCUCUGCGGCUUCAAUUCACUCAUGUACUUCGCGGCAACAAUAUUCAAGUCUCUCUCCUUCUCCUCGCCAACCCUCACGUCUCUCUCUGUCGCAGGAACAAAUUUCGUCUUCACGUUUCUCGCCUAUGCGCUCAUUGACCGUAUCGGCCGUCGUCGUAUACUGCUAUACUCAAUUCCAGUCAUGGUUGUGUCACUCGUUAUCUGCGCCAUUGCAUUCCCAUCAACAUCUCUCGGUGAUGGGGGUGCCUCGGGAACGCCAGCUCCGAAAAACUCCCAGGCCGCUAUCAUACUGCUCUGUCUCACGACAUACACUGCAUCUUACGCUUCCGGGUUAGGCAAUGUACCAUGGCAACAGUCGGAACUCUUCCCACUUAGCGUGCGAAGCCUUGGCUCUGCCCUAGCAACGGGUACGAACUGGGGAUCUAACUUCAUCAUUGGCUUGACUUUCCUACCAAUGAUGCGAUGGAUGGGAGCUGGGUGGACUUUUUUCCUAUAUGCCCUUAUCUGUGCCAUUGGAUGGGUGGGCAUAUGGAGGAUUUACCCCGAAAUGACAGGGUUGGGUCUCGAGGAUGUCAGAGGCUUGCUUGACCAAGGUUGGGGUGUAGAGCAGAGUUGGCAGAUAUUUGUAGCGAGAACUGGCAUGCUGAAGAACAGAAUGUACCUGAAUCAUGACAGGAACAGAGAAGGGUAUAAAUGCACAUUAAAAAAAGAAGAACAAGAAGAAGAAGAAAUCAAGACCGGCAUUACGGAAUCGGAUGGAGAUAUAUAUAUUCCUACAUAUCUCGCUCCAUUUCCUGCUCGAGUGUAA